AUGGAUAGAACAUGGAUGGUUGCGGAUAGGAGAUCUCGUCAAUAUAAAUUAGGGGUGACACAGUUCUGUAAAUUUGCCUUGGAAAAUGCUAGAGACCCUAACCAUAUUCCCUGUCCUUGUACAAAUUGUGGAAAUGUUGACUACUUUUCCGCUGCUGUAAUAAGGGACCAUCUAUUUGUGAAUGGAAUUGAUGCUAGUUAUGAUAGAUGGAAUGAGCAUGGGGAGGCCUUAUUAGACUUAGGAAUAGAGGAAUAUACUGAUGACGCAGAAGCAGGUUCAGAUUCACACAGUUCUUACUCUGUGAAUGGCAAUGAGAUACCUGAAUAUGAAGCAGGGUUGGGUAGUGACGCAGAGAUGGAAAGUGAUGAGUGUAAUGAGUUUAGACAGUUUGUCGAUGACGCCAAUAAACCGUUAUAUCCCGGUUGUGAUAGUCACACAAGGUUGAAUGUUCUAGUAAGACUUUAUAACUUAAAAGCAAAGCACGGUAUGAGUGAUAUUGCUUUCUCUGAGUGGUUGGUUGCCUUUGCGGAGUUUCUUCCAGUAGGCAAUGAGAUACCUGCCUCUGUCUAUGAGGCAAAGAAGACCCUGAGUUCUCUAGGAAUGGAUUACACUAAAAUUCAUGCCUGCCCGAAUGAUUGUAUUCUGUAUAGAAAAGAGUAUGUUGAUGCAACUGAGUGCCCUAGAUGUGGUAUUUCAAGAUGGAAAAUAGGCAAAAACUCCAAAGAGAGGGAAGGUGUACCUGCAAAGGUACUUUGGUACUUUCCCCCUAUUCCUAGGUUCAAAAAAAUGUUUCAAUCAAAGGAUACAUGUAAGAGUCUGACUUGGCAUGCUACUGACAGAAAACGCGAUGGCUUCAUGCGUCAUCCGGCCGAUGCAGCUUCGUGGAAGUUAGUAGUUGAUAAAUGGCCAGACUUUGGUUCUGACCCUAGAAACCUGAGACUUGCAUUGUCAUCAGAUGGGUUCAAUCCUCACAGUUCAUUAAGCAGCAAGUACAGUUGUUGGCCUGUUAUUCUAGUUGCAUAUAAUCUGCCUCCAUGGCUCAUAAUGAAAAGGAAACACAUGUUGUUGACUUUAUUGAUUUCUGGGCCUAAACAACCAGGAAAUGAUAUCGAUGUCUACUUGGAACCUUUGAUAGAUGACUUAAAACUGUUAUGGGAAGGAGUUAGUGGAGUCUACGACGCAAGACAAAGUGAAUACUUUACUCUUAGGGGUUUAUUAUUCUGGACAAUCAACGAUUUUCCAGCUUAUGGUAAUCUUUCUGGGAGUAUAGUUAAGGGGUAUAAUGCAUGCCCUAUUUGCCUUGAAAAAACAAAACCAAAAAGACUAGUGAAUGGAGGGAAAAUGGCCUACAUCGUGCAUAGGAGGUUUUUAGGAAGAAACCAUCCUUAUCGAAGGCAAAAGGCUGCUUUCAACAACCUUCCAGAACAUUCUCCCCCUCCUGUUCCUUUGAGUGGUGAAGAAGUAUUGCAAAGAGUGGAGCAGGAAGUUCCAAAGUGGCCUUUUGGGAAAAAAAAUCCCCCUCCUCCUUAUAAGGGUGGGGAUGAUGAAACCCGGCCUUGCUGGAAGAAAAAGUCUAUAUUUUUCGAACUUGAAUACUGGAAGUUUCUCCCUGUUAGGCACUGCCUUGAUGUGAUGGAUAUAGAGAAAAAUGUAUGUGAUAGUCUUAUAGGGACCUUGCUGAAUAUUCCUGGAAAAACAAAGGAUGGGGUGAAAACUCGGUUGGAUCUAGUCGAAAUGGGUAUUAGAUUAGGAUUGAAGCCUGAUCUCGAAGGUCCCAAGAAGGAGCGCUUGCCAUUGGCAAGCUGGAACUUAAAGACAAAUGAAAAAAGAUGCAUGUGUGGGUCUUUUUUUGGUAUGAAGGUUCCUGAAGGAUAUUCUUCUAACAUAUCAAACCUGGUUUCUAUGGAUGAUUUAAGGCUUAGUGGACUUAAAUCCCAUGAUUGUCAUGCCUUAAUGCAACAACUCCUCCCUGUUGCCAUCCGUGGUGUACUUGAAAAGCCGGUCAGAAUUGCUGUGAUAAGGUUGUGUCUGUUUUUUAACGAAAUCUGCAGCAAGACUAUCGAUGGUUCAAGGCUGCCAAAAAUCCAAAAUGAACUUGUUGAAACAUUGUGUGAGCUGGAAAAGUACUUCCCCCAUCCUUUUUUGACAUAA